GACGUGGAUAUUUCUCUCUUCUGUCCCUCUGUGAAGGGUAACUCGGGGUUGGGCUUCAGUAUUGCGGGGGGGACAGAUAACCCCCACAUCGGAGAAGACCCCAGCAUCUUCAUCACCAAGAUCAUCCCUGGAGGAGCUGCAGCUCAGGACGGAUGCCUCAGGUGGGUACCACCACAGUGUAUGGUUACAUGAUCCCAAUCGCAUUUCACAUUGUUGCUUAUGGGUCCAAGGUGUGAAUCACAUUAACUGACUCUUGUUGAGUCUCCCUGUGAUUCUCCCUGUGGAGUGAAUGACUGAUGUACCACAAAAUAUAUCUCCAAAAGUUUUUGUUGAGCAAGAGCAGUGGCAGCAAGGGAAAGUGUUGGGAAAAUAAUUUUGUGACAUCUACGUGAGAAUGCUAUUAAUUGACUACUGCUCAGCAUUCAACACCAUAGUGCCCUCAAAGCUCAUCACUAAGCUAAGGACCCUGGGACUAAACACCUCCCUCUGCAACUGGAUCCUGGACUUCCUGAUGGGCCGCCCCCAGGUGGUAAGGGUAGGUAACAACACAUUUGCCACGCUGAUCCUCAACACGGGGGCCCCUCCGGGGUGCGUGUUCAGUCACCUCCUCUACUCCCUAAUAACCCAUGACUGCAUGGCCAGGCACGACUCCAACACCAUCAUUAAGUUUGCCGACGACACAACAGUGGUAGGCCUGAUCACCGACAAUGAUGAGACAGCCUAUAGGGAGGAGGUCAGAGACCUGACAGUGUGGAGCCAGCACAACAACCUGUCCAUCAUAGUGAUCAAGACAAAGGAGAUGAUUGUGGACUACCGGAAAAUAAGGACUGAGCACGCCCCCAUUCUCAUCGACGGGGCUGUAGUGGAGCAGGUUGAGAGCUUUAAGUUCCUUGAUGUCCACAUCACCAACAAACUAACAUGGUCCAAACACACCAAGACAGUCGUGAAGAGGGCACGACAAAGCCUAUUCCCCCUCAGUAGACUGAAAAGAUUUGGCAUGGGUCCUCAGAUCCUCAAAAAGUUAUACAGCUGCACCAUCGAGAGCAUCCUGACUGGUUGCAUCACUGCCUGGUAUGGCAACUGCUUGGCCUCCGACCGCAAAGCACUACAGAAGGUAGUGCGUACAGCCCAGUACAUCACUGGGGCCAAGCUUUCUGCCAUCCAGGACCUCUAUACCAGGCAGUGUCAGAGGAAGGCCCUAAAAAUGCUCAAAGAAUCCAGCCACCCUAGUCAGACUGUCCUCUCUGCUACCGCAUCGCAAGCGGUACCGGAGCGCCAAGUCUAAGUCCAAAAGGCUUCUUAACAGCUUCUAACCCCAAGCCAUAAGACUACUGAACAGCUAAUCAAAUGGCUACCCGGACUAUUUGCAUUGUCCCCCCACCCCCUCUUUUACGCUACUGCUACUUUCUGUUUAUUAUCUAUGCAUAGUCACUUUAACUAUACCUACAUGUACAUAUUACCUCAAUUACCUCGACUAAAAGGUGCUCCCGCACGUUGACUCUGUACAGGUACCACCUGUAUAUAGCCUCGCUACUGUUAUUUUUACUGUAAUUUUACUGAUUUUAUUUUUUACUUAUCUAUUGUUUACUUAACACUUACAGUGAGGGAAAAAAGUAUUUGAUCCCCUGCUGAUUUUGUGAUCAGAAAUGAUCAGUCUAUAAUUUUAAUGGUAGGUUUAUUUGAACAGUGAGAGACAGAAUAACAACAAAAAAAUCCAGAUAAACGCAUGUCAAAAAUGUUAUAAAUGUAUUUGCAUUUAAAAGAGGGAAAUAAGUAUUUGACCCCCACUCAAUCAGAAAGAUUCCUGGCUCCCAGGUGUCUUUUAUACAGGUAACGAGCUGAGAUUAGGAGCACACUCUUAAAGGGAGUGCUCCUAAUCUCAGCUUGUUACCUGUAUAAAAGGCACCUGUCCACAGAAGCAAUCAAUCAGAUUCCAAACUCUCCACCAUGGCCAAGACCAAAGAACUCUCCAAGGAUGUCAGGGACAAGAUUGCAGACCUACACAAAGCUGGAAUGGGCUACAAGACCAUCGCCAAGCAGCUUGAUGAGAAGGUGACAACAGUUGGUGCGAUUAUUCGCAAAUGGAAGAAACACAAAAUAACUGUCAAUCUCCCUCGACCUGGGGCUCCAUGCAAGAUCUCACCUCGUGGAGUUGCAAUGAUCAUGAGAACGGUGAGGAAUCAGCCCAGAACUACACGGGAGGAUCUUGUCAAUGAUCUCAAGGCAGCUGGGACCAUAGUCACCAAGACAAUUGGUAACACACUAUGCCGUGAAGGACUGAAAUCCUGCAGCGCCCGCAAGGUCCCCCUGCUCAAGAAAGCACAUAUACAUGCCCGUCUGAAGUUUGCCAAUGAACAUCUGAAUGAUUCAGAGGAGAACUGGGUGAAAGUGUUGUGGUCAGAUGAGACCAAAAUCGAGCUCUUUGGCAUCAACUCAGCUCGCCGUGUUUGGAGGAGGAGGAAUGCUGCCUAUGACCCCAAGAACACCAUCUCCACCGUCAAACAUGGAGGUGGAAACAUUAUGCUUUGGGGGUGUUUUUCUGCAAAGGAGACAGGACAACUUCACUGCAUCAAAGGGAUGAUGGACGGGGCCAUGUACUGUCAAAUCUUGGGUUAGAACCUCCUUCCCUCAGCCAGGGCAUUGAAAAUGGGUCGUGGAUGGGUAUUCCAGCAUGACAAUGACCCAAAACACACGGCCAAGGCAACAAAUGAGUGGCUCAAGAAGAAGCACAUUAAGGUCCUGGAGUGGCCUAGCCAGUCUCCAGACCUUAAUCCCAUAGAAAAUCUGUGGAGGGAGCUGAAGGUUUGAGUUGUUAAAUGUCAGGCUCAAAACCUUAAUGACGUUGAGAAGAUUUGCAAAGAGGAGUGGGACAGAAUCCCUCAUGAGAUGUAUGCAAACCUGGUGGCCAACUACAAGAAACGUCUGACCUCUGUGAUUGCCAACAAGGGUUUUGCCACCAAGUACUAAGCCGUGUUUUGCAGAGGGGUCAAAUACUUAUUUCCCUCAUUAAAAUGCGAAUCAAUUUAUAUCAUUUUUUGACAUGUGUACUACUCCCUUCACAGAACAGUGCAAACUGGCUCUAACCAGAAUAGAAAGAGGAGUGGGAGGCCCCGGUGCACAACUGAGCAAGAGGACAAAUACAUUAGAGUGUCUAGUUUGAGAAACAGGCGCCUCACAGGUCCUCAACUGGCAGCUUCGUUAAAUAGUACCCGCAAAACACCAGUCUCAACGUCAACAGUGAAGAGGCGACUCCGGGAUGCUGACCUUCUAGGCAGAGUUGCAAAGAAAAAGCCAUAUCUCAGACUGCCCAUCUUAAUCUUUUCAUUUUUUUGGCCAGUCUGAGAUAGGGCUCCUUUACUAGGCUACCACGUACGUUCAUCCACUCACAACAUAUUUGCAGCCUCCAAACAGUUGUGAAUGGAAAGAGACAUAUUUUACACAGAACACCAAAAAGUGUAAUUUAUGCCUCCACUGCUGUCUGCGCGUGUCUCGGUGUCUGCCACUCAUCUCUGCCUUGGCAAAUUUCAGUGUUCUCGUCGAACCACAUAGAAUUUUGGAGCAUAGGCUAUACUGUAGGCCUACCACCCGUUUUCAUGUCCAUUCGCUCAUAUUAAUGCUUCUGCCAUACGGUAAUGAUAAAUAAUGGUGUAAUAGCCUACAGUUUCCUUGACAUUUUGUUUUCAUUAUUGUGAUAGGCUCAUGUUUUACCGGUACAGCACCCCCCCCACUAUUUAUUUUGCCGGGACGUUGUACAGGACCAUACUGCCUUACUUUCACCCCUGUUAAUGACUGGUGUGUUUGACUCUUCCUGCAGAGUGAAUGACUGUAUCUUGAGAGUAAACGAGGCAGACGUGAAGGAUGUGACCCACAGUAAGGCCGUGGAGGCCCUGAAGGAGGCCGGCUGCAUCGUCAGGCUCUACAUCCGCAGGAGAAAAGCCCUCUCAGAGAAGAUAAUGGAGCUCAAACUAGUCAAAGGUCCUAAAGGUAAGAGAACCAGCGAGCUCAAACUAGUGAAAGGUCCUAAAGGUUAGAAAACCAUGGAGCUCAAACUAGUCAAAGGUCCUAAAGGUUAGAAAACCAUAGACCUCAAGUAAUAAAAAGGUCCUAAAGGGACUGUUUCUGUCACCGUGGAGAUUAAAGCUAGACACAGUGAUAUGAUAUCAUCGUACAUCACGAGGCGACUUCCUAUACAUAAAUCUACCUUUAAAUGUGUUGAGUUGAUGGAUAACUUUAUGAGGCUUGUUGUUGACUAUCUGUGGUCAUUGUGCUCCUAGUGAUACCCCCUGAGAGGAUGAAUAUAGUUUGAAUAGUGUUUUAUUUUUCUCUCUACCCUUAUCUUUUCCCUUUCACUCUCUCACUCUUUUCCUACCUCCAUCCCUCUCCAGGGCUAGGGUUCAGUAUUGCGGGGGGAGUAGGGAACCAGCACAUUCCAGGCGACAACAGCAUCUAUGUCACCAAGAUCAUCGAGGGAGGGGCUGCACACAAAGACGGGAGGCUGCAAACAGGAGACAAACUAUUGGCUGUAAGAACAUCAAAAAAUAGUACUGUAACUUCAUCUUCUCCUUACUGAAAGACAGUUCCCACUGGGCACAGACAUCAGUUCAAUGUCUAGUUUUGAUUUACAUUGAAUUGAGUUGUCAACUAACGUGAAUUCAACCUGAAAUCAACAACAAAAAAGGAACAUAUAAUUUAGGUUUAAAGUUGUGGUCCUCUGUAGCUCAGUUGCAAUGCCAGGAUAGUGGGUUAGAUUCCCGGGACCACCUGUAUGUAAAAUGUAUGCACACAUGACUGUAAGUUGCUUUGGAUAACAGUGUCUGCUAAAUUACAUAUUAUGUUAUUAUUAUUAUUAUUAUAAAGUUGGGUGAAAAACAUACAAACAUUUUCAAAAUUCCUUUACAUUGAUUACUUUUUGCAAAUCCGAUCAGUAUUCCACUUUGAUUCUAGGGCUGGGAAUUGCCAGUGACCUCACUAUACGAUAUUUUCACGAUACUUAGGUGCCGAUAAGAUAAGUUUAGCGAUUCUCAUGAUUCUAUAUAUAUAUUGCGAUUCGAAACUGGGAUUUUAUUGCGAUUUGAUGUUCCAAAAACAUUACUCACUAUAUGUCUGCUCCAGAGAGACAAGAGAGAGCAUGAUCAGUCAGGGAAAUAAAAGUGCUGAAAACAUGUUGGUUCACUAUUUAAAAAGAAGCUGGAGAACAAGCUUUAGGAUGAAAAAUACCAGAGAUUUUGGCGCAGGUACAGCCGACUAGCGCUAGAUAACGCUUCCUACACUAGCAAAUAAACAAAUAUAUGCUCGCUUCGAUGUGAGUCAAACCUUUAAACAGGUUAACACUUGCAAGGUCGCCGGGCCAGACGGAAUACCAGGGCAUGUUCUAAGCGUAUGCACAGACCAACUUCACUGACAUUUUCAAUCUAUCUUUGUCCCAGUCGGUAAUUCCAACGUUUCAAGCUGACCACCAUUGUCCCUGUUCCCAAGAACUCCAAGGUAAUCUGCCGAAAUGGUACUAUCGCCCUGUAGCACUCACAUCUGUAAUCCUGAAGUGCUUUGAAACGCUAGUCAUGACACACAUCAACACCAUCAUCUCAGACACCCUGGGCCCACUCCAAUUCGCAUACCACCCCAACAGAUCCACAGAUGACGCAAUCUCAAUUGCACAUCACACUGCCCUCUCCCACCUGGACAAGAAAGGAAAUAACUAUGUGAGAAUACUCUUCAUAGACUACAGCUCAGCGUUCAACACCAUAGUCCACUCCAAGCUCAUCACCAAGCUCAGGACCCUGGGACUGAACACCACCCUCUGCAACUGGAUCCUGGACUUCCUGACACGUCGGCCCAAGGUGAUGAGGGUAGGCAACAACACCUUAGCCAUGCUGACUCUCAACACAGUCCCCUCCUGUACUUCCUGUUCACCCACGACUGUGUGGCCACGCACAACUCCAACACGACGGUGGUAUGCCUGAUCCCCAACGGUGAUGAGACAGCAUACAGGGAGGUCAGAGACUUGACAGUGUGGUGCCUGGACAACAAACUUUCCCUCAACGUCAGCAAGACAAAGGAGAUGAUUGUGGACUACAGGAAAUGGAGGACCAAGCACGCUCCCAUUCUCAUCGAUGGGGCUGUAGUGGAGCGGAUCGAUAGCUUCAAGUUCCUUGGCGUCCACAUCACUAAGGACUUAAUAUGGUACACACACCCUCAUAAUCGUGAAGAGGUCACAACAGGGCCUAUUCCCCCUCAGGAGGCUGAAAAGAUUUGGCAUGGGCCCUCGGAUCCACAAAAAGUUAUACAACUGCGCCAUCGGUAGCGUGUUGAUGUGCUGCACCACCGCUUGGUAUGGCAAAUUCACCGCCCUUGACCGCAAAGCGCUACAGAGGGUGGUCUGGACAGCCCAGUACAUCACUGGGGCCAAGCUCCCUGCCAUCCAGGACCUCUAUAAUAGGUGGAAGGCCCGAAAAAUUGCCAAAGACUUCAGUCACCCUUCUGCUACCGUCCGGCAAACGGUAUCGGCGCAUCGGCUCUCGGACCAACAGGCUCCGAGACAGCUUCUACCCCCAAGCCAUAAGACUGAUAAAUAGUUAAUUAAAUGGUUACACAGACUAUCUGCAUCGACCCUAUCUUGCACUGACUCUAUGCACACUCACAAGACUAUACACUGAGUGUACAAAACAUGAGGAACACUUGCUCUUUCCAUGACAUAGAAUGACCAAGUGAAAUCCAGGUGAAAGCAUUGAUCCCUUAUUGAUGUCACUUGUUAAAUCUACUUCAAUCAGUGUAGGUGAAGGGGAGGAGACAAGUUAAAGAAGAAAGUUAAAGUUUUGUGUAUGUGUGCCAUUCAAAGGGUGAAUAGGCAAAACAAAAGAUUGAAGUGCCUUUGAACGGGGUAUAGUAGAAGGUUUCAGGUGCACCGGUUUGAGUGUGUGAAGAAUGGUCCACCACCCAAAGGAUAUCCAGCCAACUUGACAGAACAGUGGGAAGUAUUGGAGUCAACAUGGGCCAGUAUCCCUGUGGAACGAUUUCAACAUCUUGUAAAGUCCAUGGCCCGAUUAAUUGAGGCUGUUCUGAGGGAACAAGGGGGUACAACUCAAUAUUAGGAAGGUGUUCCUAAUGUUUUGUACACUCAGUGUAUAUACACACUCACAUACACACACUACAUUGACACUCACACAAAACACACACACAUUCACAUUCACUACAUACGCACACACAUAAGACACACGCAUACCGACACAACGCAUGCACACGCACACACACACACAAAACCAUACGCACACACUUUAACACUCAUCAUAUGCUGCUGCUACUCUGUUCUUUAUUCUUACUCUUAUUAUUAUAUUAUUAACUAUUUUGAUGCCUAGUCACUUUACCCUGGCUUCAUGUACAUAUCUAUCUCAAAUGACUCGUACCCCUGCACAUUGAUCUGGUACUGGUACUCCCUGUAUAUACAGUGAGGGAAGAAAGUAUUUGAUCCCCUGCUAAUUUUGUAUGUUUGCCCACUGACAAAGACAUGAUCAGUCUAUACUUUUAAUGGUAGGUUUAUUUGAACAUUGAGAGACAGAAGGACAACAAAAAACUCCAGAAAAAUGCAUGUAAAAAAUGUUAUAAAUUGAUUUGCAUUUUAAUGAUUGAAAUAAGUAUUUGACCCCCUCUCAAUCAGAAAGAUUUCUGGCAUUCAGGUGUCUGGCAUUUUAUUCCUCUUGUGUUACUAUUUUUAUUGUUUUGUUGGGAAGGGCUCGUAAGCAAGCAUUUCACUGUAAAGUCUACACCUGUAUUCGGCACAUGUGACAAAUACAACUUGAUUUGAUUUGAUUCCUUAAAGUACUUGACUUAGAUUAAGUUAUGUUGUGGCUUGUUGAAAAUGCCAGCCUGUUUGACUGUUAUGUCAGCUACUGUAUGUAACCAACUGCCAAACCAACUGCUAAACCAACUGAAAAGCCAACUGACUCUGACUACCUCCCUCUCCUUCCAGGUAAACAGCGCUGGUCUUCAGGAGGUGAGUCACGAGGAUGCCGUGGCGGCCUUGAAAAACACCCCCGAUGUGGUUUACUUG